UCAGAAUCCAGCUCAGGCUAAAGUAGCGGGGUGCUGUUCUCCCGGACUGGUGCCCGAGGCCCAGCUAUGGACGGCGAGAGCGAAGUAGACUUUUCUAGCAAAAGCCUAACCCCUUUGUGGCGGAGGAGAUCGACCCCCCAGCCUCAGUUGCUGGCCAGGAGCAAGCCGAGGCCCCAGUCAUACCAGAGUCCCAGCGGGCUGCUCAUCACUGAUUUUCCGGUGGAGGACAGAGGGACGCUCCCCGCGACGCAAACUCCCGCUCAGUUGCCCACUGCCUCGGAGAGUAGGACAGUCCAGAAGAGCCCCCAGCUUCUGUGCACCAAUAGGAGGCCAAUGGCCAACGGGAGGACUGUCUUAUCGGAAUACAGGGCUGUUUCUCCCCGACUCCGACAGCCCAAGUCACCCCAGCCCCCCAAGCCGACCUCGGGUGGCUCCCCGAAACUCCCAGCUAAUGGUAUAGUGACCUCUCCUGCACCGCAGCCGCCACUGCUGCACCCCCAGCGAACUCCUAACGCUCCUGUCCCUUGCAGUCCCGAGGAGGACCCGACUGGGCUGACCGCCAUCCGUGAGCCGUCAACCGCUGCAAAUGGGCUUGCCCCUAAUAACCACUCUGCUGGUUCCUGUUCUCAAACCGUUCAGAUGGCUCAGGACCCGGAACGGGGAUCCUCAAAGCUCUCUCCUUCGCCUCAGAAAAGGUCUUCAGAGCAAAAACUCCCCCUCCAAAGGCUGCCCUCACCAGAGAAUGAACUCCCAGAGAAUCCUUCAGUGGUUUUGAGUACAAACAGCCCCGCAGCCCUCAAAGUGGGGAAGCAGCAGAUCAUUCCAAAGGGCCUGGCCUCGGAAAUUAAAAUAAGUAAAUCCAACAGCCAGAAUGUGGAGCCUCACAAGAGAGUCUUUAAGGUGCGCAGCAUGGUAGAGGGCCUUGGCCCACCCUUCGGCCACGCAAGGGAUGAGGGUGAGGCGGAGAACGACCUGGACAGUCCUGGGUCUUUGCGGAGAGGCUUGCGGUCCACGUCCUAUCGCCGAGCCGUGUUCAGUGGCUUUGAUUUUGACAGCCCUAACAGCUCGAAGAAGAAGAACAGAAUGUCCCAGCCAGUUCUGAAAGUAGUGGUGGAAGACAAGGAGAAGUUUUCCAGUCUUGGAAGGAUAAAGAAAAAAAUGCUGAAAGGACAAGGAACAUUUGAUGGGGAAGAAAAUGCAGUCCUGUAUCAGAACUAUAAAGAAAAGGCUCUUGACAUUGACUCUGAUGAAGAGUCAGAACCCAAAGAACAGAAGUCAGAUGAAAAAAUUGUGAUCCCCCAUAAGCCGCUGAGAUCCACAUGGAGCCAGCUCUCUUUGGUGAAAAGAAAUGGACUAUCUCAGACAGUUAGCCAGGAGGAAAGAAAGAGGCAAGAGGCCAUCUUUGAAGUCAUAUCCUCUGAACAUUCAUAUUUACACAGCUUGGAGAUACUGAUACGAAUGUUUAAAAAUUCUAAAGAACUGAGUGACACAAUGACCAAAACAGAGAGUCACCAUCUUUUCUCCAACAUUACAGAUGUCUGUGAGGCAAGCAAAAAAUUCUUUACAGAGUUGGAAGCGAGACAUCAGAAUAAUAUCUUCAUUGAUGAUAUAAGUGACAUUGUAGAAAAACACACAGCAUCCACAUUUGACCCAUAUGUGAAAUACUGUACAAAUGAAGUCUAUCAACAGCGGACCCUGCAGAAAUUAUUAGCCACCAACCCAUCUUUUAAGGAAGUCUUAUCACGAAUUGAGACCCAUAAAGACUGCAGGAACUUACCCAUGAUCUCCUUUCUCAUUCUCCCCAUGCAGAGGGUGACCCGCCUCCCCCUGCUGAUGGACACCAUCUGUCAAAAAACAUCUAAGGACUCUCCAAAGUACGAAGUCUGCAAAAGGGCCUUAAAGGAAGUAAGCAAGUUGGUUCGACUGUGCAACGAAGGAGCCCGGAAGAUGGAAAGGACUGAGAUGAUGUACACAAUUAACUCCCAGUUGGAAUUUAAGAUUAAGCCCUUUCCUCUAGUCUCCUCUUCCCGGUGGUUGGUAAAGAGAGGUGAAUUGACUGCCUACGUAGAAGAUACUGUGCUUUUCUCAAAAAGGACAUCCAAACAGCAAGUCUACUUCUUUCUCUUUAACGAUGUUCUCAUUAUCACCAAGAAGAAGAGUGAAGAAAGCUACAACGUCACUGAUUAUUCUUUAAGGGAUCAGCUACUGAUCCCUUUUGACAACGGACAAUCUUUUGACAACGAAGAGCUAAAUUCUUCUCCAGGGAAGAACAGUUCCACAAUGCUUUAUUCAAGACAGAGCUCUGCCAAUCACCUCUUCACUCUGAGAGUACUUAGUAACCAUGCAAACGAGAAAGUGGACAUGCUGCUAGGGGCUGAGACACAGAGUGAGCGAGCCCGCUGGAUUACCGCCCUGGGACAAAGCAGCCUGAAGCAGCCUCCUGACCGAACCUCACUGACACAGGUGGAAAUCAUUAGAUCGUUUACUGCCAAGCAGCCCGAUGAACUCUCCCUUCAGGUGGCAGAUGUGGUCCUCAUUUAUCAGCAAGUCAGUGAUGGUUGGUAUGAAGGAGAACGGCUUCGAGACGGAGAAAGGGGCUGGUUUCCUAUGGAAUGUGCCAAGGAGAUAACAUGUCAGGCUACAAUUGAUAAGAAUGUAGAGAGAAUGGGACGUCUGCUAGGCCUGGAGACCAACGUGUAG